CCUUCAACUUAUGACAAGCGGAUGGAAGAAGUUGUGCAACCAGUAAAACCACAGCAGAGAGCGUGGAAAUACACGCAGCAUUUCCCGGAACACUUUCUUUUCCCGGUUUGUUUGCUGCCAGUGUGCUCCGUCAACGACGAGCUGCUUUGAAGCCACAAACACAACAAAGUCCAUGCAUGCGGCAGCGUCGGCGCCGAGUGUCAGAAUGAGAUGUCGUCUCAGAGCGGCUCCUUUGUGCAAAUCAAGUUUGAUGACAUCCACUUCUUCGAGAACUGCGGCGGCGGCAGCUUCGGAAGCGUGUACAGGGCCAGAUGGAUUUCCCGGGACAAAGAGGUGGCGGUGAAAAAGCUGCUCAAGAUUGAGAACGAGGCUGAAAUCCUCAGCGUCCUCAGCCACCGCAACAUUAUCCAGUUUUAUGGCGCCAUUGUUGAGGCUCCCAACUAUGGAAUCGUUACCGAAUACGCCAGCGACGGAUCACUGUACGACUACCUUUCCUGUGCGGACAGUGAAGAAAUGGACAUGGGCCACAUUAUGACCUGGGCCAAAGAGAUCGCCAGAGGAAUGCACUAUUUACACGCGGAGGCACCUGUGAAAGUGAUCCACAGAGACCUGAAGUCGAGGAAUGUUGUUAUAACGGCAGAGAAAGUCCUCAAGAUCUGUGAUUUUGGGGCCUCCAAGUUUCUGAACCACACCACCCGCAUGUCUUUAGUGGGCACCUUUCCGUGGAUGGCGCCCGAGGUCAUCCAGAGUCUGCCCGUGUCUGAGACUUGCGACACCUUCUCUUUCGCCGUGGUGCUGUGGGAAAUGCUGACUCGUGAGGUCCCAUUCAAAGGCCUGGAAGGCUUACAAGUGGCUUGGCUUGUUGUGGAGAAAGAAGAGAGGCUAACUAUUCCCAGCGGCUGCCCUGCCAGCUUCGCAGAGCUGAUGAGGGACUGCUGGAGCACCAAUCCAAAAGGGAGGCCAACGUUCAAGCAGAUCCUGUCGACGCUGGAGUCCAUGUCGAACGACAGCCAACUCCCUCAACAGUGCAACUCUUUUCUCCACAACAAGUCUGAAUGGAGGUGUGAGAUUGAAGCCACGUUGGACAGGCUGAAGAAGCUGGAGCGGGACUUGAGCAGCAAAGAGCAGGAGCUGAAGGAGAGAGAGCGCCGUCUGAAGAUGUGGGAGCGCAAACUCAUCGAACAAUCCAACAGCCCGCUCCUGCCCACCUUGGAUAUCUACACGUGGACAGAGGAGCACGUGUACUUCUGGAUGCAGCAAAUAUUCGAUGCAGAGGGGAGCGCAUGCGAAAUGCAGCUGUACGCCGACCUGUUUCGGGACAAUCACAUCACAGGAAAGAGGCUCCUACUGCUCUCAGAGUAUGACAUGCGGGAAAUGGGCAUCAAGUCCAAAGGCCACAUCAUGCACCUGAAGAGUGAAAUUGAAAAGCUGACCAACGAUUACCUCAACCUGGUCCACUUCCCACCGCUGCUCAAGGAUGUUCUUGAAAAUGAGGUGGAAAGCAUCAAAAGUGUCAAACUGGAACUGGUGUUUGGGUACCACUGGAAGCCAGGGACAGGCAGAUCAGACUGCAAGUGGAAGAUGUUCCUGGAGCUGGACGGAGACGACGUGGCCAUCACGUACAUCAAGGACGUGAUGUUCAGCGCCAACCGCCAGGAUGUGGAGCCCAUGCGCAUGACCAAGCCGCCAUUUGUGAUGGACAAGUGGAUUGUGGGAAUCCAAGCCAACCAGAGAGUAGACUACACCGUCAGCUAUGAGAGUAACGUGAGGUCACCAAAGUCUACGAGGCACAGCUGCUGCAUGACGUGGAGUCCGAGUGGCGGACAGGAUGACAUCAAAACCGUGGAGCUUGUCAUCGAAACAGCAGCGGCCGAUGCAGCCGUCAUCCCUAGGAGCAGAUCCAACUCCGACAUGGACGAGGCGUGGAUGCACCGUGUGAGGCUUCAGCAAAUCCUCAGUCAGGAAAGGCAGCACAGCGGCUCGCCGUUCCCUGCGGCGACCACCUCGGACGCCCGCACUCUUCCUCAAUUCCUGUCUGUGCACGAAAGCCAAGUGUCUUCUUACGCCGCAGCCGUGCAGCGUUCCCCCGUCCGCGCCCGGCUGACCCCGUGGAACGAGCGCCGCGGCUCCUCGCCGACCGCUAGCCUCUCGGCUAAACUGUCGCCGCUCCAUUUGGGCUCCAAGGGCAGCAGCCCGUGCAGCACCACGUCGGAGAGCACGUCGGAGAGGGAGCGGCCGCUGAGUGCCAGCGUGGUGCACGAGUAUAACAGGGAGGUGUUUUUCGGCAGCAGGGGGUGGCACGGGAGGGGCGGUGCAAGAGGAGGCCACAGCCCCAAUAAAACCAACAGAAGCCCUCACCAGCCAGGAAGGCCGCGGGCACGCAGCUCCGGCGCCGCACCCCAGAACCGCCCCCUUACAAUCCCGGGUAUAUCCUUCUCCAACGGGGAAAGGGAGGAGGCCAAAUCAGGAUCCGAUGGCGGCUGGAUUAAAGUGGAGCGCCAUAAAAGAUUACCGCGACAGGACAGAGGUCGACCGAGGAGAGGAGGGCGUGGAGGGCGGGGGGCAGGGGGAAGAACCUAAUCCCAGCACCUCGUACCAUGUAAAGAAUAUUUUAAACAGGCACUGAUCAUUGUAAAAGAAUCACAUAAAAUGCUUUAGGAUGAAUUGUUUUUUAACGUGGAUGCUGUAUAGAUAAUUUAAAUAGUGCGCGGAAUAUAUAUUUAUUAAAGUUGCUACAUGCCUAAAGGGACUUGUUUCUGUUGAGUGUUUAUUAAAAUGGAAAAUUCAGCAGUAAUUUUACAAAAA